AUGAUUUACGACACGAAACACUUCGAGAUAAAACGGCUUCACGAAGGAUUCCAGUUGCCACCAGCUGCACUUGCCACCUACAUUAAGAGUCUGAAAGAAAGCAAGUUGAAAAACUCGCGUCUGGAGGGCAUUUAUACGAACGCCGAAGCUGGACUGCCGGCCGAUGAACUCAUAGUCGUGGACAUUCGUCUGGUGCGGGAGCGCGUCGACCGUUGGCAAGAAGAGCUCACAAAGUCGGCCUUUAAUCUGAUGGCAGACAUUGGCGGCACCUUGGGCCUCUGUGCUGGUAUCAGCUUUCUCAGCAGCUUCUUUCUCCUCCUCUUCUUCGGCAACGCCUUCUACCACGCCCUACUGAGCCUAGUCUAUUGGUUCUGGUGGAGUGUGUUCCAGGGCGGACCACCUGCAACCCCGCUUCCGGAUAAGUCGUUGACGGGAGGCGAUGCCGCCUCCCGGACGUUACCCAAGAGCACCUUGGAGGGGGACGUAAGCUGGGGCAGACGCAGAACAGCCAGUCGAAUCCUGAAGCGGAAAACUGGCUCGGAUUUCACAAACUUUGGUCCGGGCGGUUGGAUGUCGAGCUCCAGAGGCUUUGAAACGGGGGUGAGCAUGCACGAAGAGCCUGCCAGAAGGGGUUCAGGCGACCCGGAGGUAGUGAGUCAGUGGAGCAUCUUAAUUUGGUACUCUCAAAUUACUAUUAUUGUUAUGGACACCCCCACGCCCACAUAUAACAAAUGA